AUGGCAGAAGUCAAUUUCACCUUCAAUUUCAAGAAGUUACCUCUUUCUGUCUUCGAUAUUAUUUCUUUGUCCCUCUCCUUCUCCUUUUUCUCCCAAUCUUCCUCGUUUGUCUUCUCUUACUCUCUCUUUUCUUUCAUACCUGUUGCUAACAUUACCCUUCCCUCUUCCUCCUUAUCUUCCUCUUUCUCUCUCUCUCUCUCUCUCUCUCAAUUCUUUCGUUCCUACCUGUUGCUAACACUACCCUUCCCUAUUCCUCCCUAUCUUCCUCUUUCUCUCUCUCUCUCUCUCCUUUCUUUUCUACCUGUUGCUAACAUUACCUCUUUUACCCUCUCUUCUUCUCUUUCCUUCUCUAUCUUUCUCAUCUUUCUUUCUCUCUCUCUCUCACUCAUUUCUUUAGUUUCUACCUGUUGUAGCUUACCUUUACCCUUUUUUUCUUUUUAUAUUCUUUUAUAUCUUUCUCUCUCUUUCUCUCAGUUUUUUCUUUCAGCAUUCUUAUUGGCCAUUACCCUUCUCUCUUACUCUCUCUUUCUCUCUCUUACCUUUUCUAUAUUUCUCUCUAAACCUCUCUCGUAUAAUUUUAUAUUUCUUUUUCAGUAUCUCUUCUUUUUUAUUUAUUUCUUGCCUCUUCACAUUCUUUACAAGUUUCUUUCAUUCCUUCCUUCCUUCUUUCAUUCCUUCCUUCCUUCUUUCAUUCCUUCCUUCCUUCCUUCCUUCCUUCCUUCCUUCCUUCCUUCCUUCCUUCCUUCCUAA